AUGUCAACCUGGGCGGGACAGCCGCACGUGAAGGGGAGCACCGAGACCAUGCGCAUGGUGCUGCUGACAUGCGUCUCGAUCGGUAUUACCUUUACGUGGGGUGUUGAGAUGACAUACUGUACGCCAUAUCUCCUCUCACUCGGCUUGACCAAGGGCCAGACAUCGCUGGUAUGGCUUGCUGGUCCCCUUUCGGGGUUGAUCGUUCAACCGAUCAUAGGUGUAAUAGCGGACGAGUCGACCUCGAAAUGGGGCCGUCGCCGGCCUAUCAUUGUCAUUGGCUCUGCCAUUGUCGCCAUGAGCCUUGUCACUCUUGGCUUUACGAAGGAGAUUGUGGGUCAUUUCGUCACAGACCCGGACAUAGCGCGGUCAUUGACCAUUAUGUUGGCCGUCCUGGCCCUCUAUACUGUAGACUUCUCUAUCAAUGCAGUGAUGUCCUGCGCGCGAAGUUUGGUUGUGGAUACACUACCCAUCCACAAGCAGCAGACUGGUGCUGCGUGGCUGAGCCGUAUGAACUCCCUCGGCCACAUCAUCGGCUACGCUAUGGGCGCGAUCGAUCUCGUCCGGCUCUUCGGCCCGCGCCUUGGUGACAGCCAGUUCAAACAACUCACUGUCAUCGCCGCUCUGGGAAUGCUCAGCACAGCAGGCGUCACCUGCUGGGCAGUAACCGAGCGGGUGCUCCUCUCCGUGCGGCCCGAUCCGCGCCGCUCAACAGGGCGUUUCAAGAUCGUGCGCCAGAUUUGGUCGACCCUGCUAACCCUCCCCCCUCGCAUCCGCGGCAUCUGCAAUGCCGUCUUCUGGUCCUGGAUCGGCUGGUUCCCGUUCAUCGUUUAUAGCAGCACCUGGGUCGGCGAAAUGUACUUCCGGCAUGACGUGCCCCCCGAGGCACGAAAUUCUCAUGAUGCUCUCGGUGAGAUGGGCCGUAUUGGAAGCAUGGCGUUAACCGUCUACUCGACCAUGUCCUUCCUCAGCGCGUGGAUCUUGCCGGCGUUGAUUCGCUCUCCGGAGGAUGAAAUGCCCCCAGCCUACACCCCGCGCCCGCCUACGAGUCUGGCGCCGUACAUCGAGGCAUUCAACAAAGUCAAGCCGGACCUUCUGACCGCCUGGAUCGCUAGUUGCGUUCUUUUCGCAGGCGCAAUGUUUCUCACCCCGUUUGCUACCUCCUUCCGCUUGGCGACAGCCAUCGUCGCGUUGUGCGGUAUCCCCUGGAGUAUCUCCCAGUGGGCACCCGUCACCUUCCUCGGCGUCGAGGUCAACAAGAUGAGCAGCUCAUCACCUUUCACACGCCCGCCGUCCUCGCCCCCCUAUUAUCACCGCCGGCGGGACUCUAACGACGGAACGACGGCCAGCAGCGAGAAUAGUAUCGAACUGCUGACACUGGAGCAUGGUCCCGCCACAACGGCGAAUAGCAGCGCUGCUAGCAGCGGCCUGCUUGAAGCCGGUGCCUUGAGUCAUGGCGGCUCAUCAUCAUCUACUGGCGAGCUCUCGGGCAUCUACUUUGGCAUUCUCAACAUAUAUGUUACGAUUCCGCAGUUUUUGAGCACCCUCAUGAGCGGAAUUAUAUUUGCUGUGCUCGAACCGGGGAAGAGUCCCGAGUUGGCCGGCCAUGGACAUGGUGCUGUGAUGGAUGAUACGACGCAUGGCCCGGACCCGAGUAAAGGGCCGAACGCAAUUGCCGUGUGUUUGUUGCUUGGAGCGAUCAGCUCGCUUGUGGCUGCUUGGACGACGAGGAAAUUGAGGUGGUUAUGA